CUUCAGGGAGCAUAACGUGGGGAUAAGUGGUGACAUCAAAGCCAUGUUUCACCAAGUGCUGUUGCUCCCAGAAGAUAAGCCCCUUCUCCGCUUUAUCUGGCGGAACAGGGAAAAGGGAGAUGUGCCUCAGAUGUACGAGUGGCAGGUGCUACCAUUUGGAACCACCUGUAGCCCAUGUUGUGCAACCUUUGCACUUCAGCACCAUGUUCUUAGCCAAAGCACAGCUGAGAGUAAAGAGUGGUUCUCUGUCGAGAGAUGUUUCUAUGUGGACAACUGUUUACAGAGUCUGUCAUCUGCUCAGGAAGCAAAACAACUGAUUGAUAAUCUCAGGAGCACCCUUGCCUCUGGAGGAUUCAAUAUCUGUCAGUGGGCCAGCAAUCAGCCAGAUGUCAUCAACCAUUUGCCAGCAGAUGCACGGUCGGAGAGGUUGGAGUUAUGGUUGUCACAUGACAAGUCUGCUGCUACAGAGUCAACACUAGGAAUGAGCUGGCAGUGUGAUACAGACACCUUUGGCUUCAAGCACAGAUCAGUCACUUACAAAGUUGCCACCAUGCGCAACAUCUAUCGUGUCUUAGCCAGCCAGUAUGACCCUCUUGGGUACAUACUACCCUACACAACACGUGCGAAAAUACUGGUUCAACAGCUGUGGGACAAGCAUAGAGACUGGGAUGAUCCUAAUCUUCCCCAAGAUCUUCUGACAGCUUGGGUCAGCUGGGAGAAUGAGCUGAAGCAUUUGCCACAAGUGAAGAUACCCCGAUGCUACACUCCUA